CUCUCGUAAACAAAAAACAUUCGGAUUAAAAUUAGUGUGGGAUUAAAUCAAAUCAUUUUAUUGUGUUUUAAGGUUUAAAUAUUUUAGUAAAUGUAUUUAUCCAUUGAAUUUGAAGUAUUAUUUUAAGCGUUUCACUGUAAGGAAUAAAGAAACGACGCCAGAAUAGGUAGAAAGAGGACACAAAAGAUCAGUGGAGUAGCAUUUCAGCUAUAGUCAGCAUGGCUCUCGUUAAACUUGCCUGGGCUUAUGUCAUUAUCAAGGUGUGUACUGCUACAGAAGAUAAUAUUAUUGAUGCCCUAAGGACUGCAAAAAAUGUAUCCAUCGACUCGGGAAAUGUUGAUUCCGUAGGAAUAAGUGGAGGAAGUGGAACACUCGGAGGAACUCUAAAGGGUACAUCGAGAAUAACUACUAGUCCCAAACCCGAAGAUAAACCUAUAGAUCCUAAGAUGUUUGAUCCUUCUGUAGCUUGUUUGGAUUUGAUGAUUGUAAUAGAUGUUUCGUGCUCAAUUAAGCAAGAAGACAGAAAUAACGCCACUGAAUUUGCUGCUAGAGUAGUUAGUGGGCUAUUUAAACCUCUGAAUGAUACAGAGAAUAUAAGAGUGGGUCUAGUGCGUUACAGUCAGACACUCGAGCAAGUAUUUAGACUAGAUGAUCAUGGCGAAUCUGACGUUAUCGAACAUGCAGUUCGUACAAUGAAUACAAGUGAUCUUGGCUGUAAAACACACACACAUACGGUCCUCAAAGAACUCUACACGACAUACUUCACAAAGAAUCUAGGUGACAGGUCCAACGAAGCAUACCCAAACGCGGCCAUAUUGUUUACAGACGGUCGUACAAUUUCGCAGAGGUUUGCUCCUGAAACAAAGAGACAGGCAAGGAAUGCUGAAGUGUCUGACAUAGAGAUACAUGUAGUGGAUGUGCCUCAUCGGCAAGGUUUGGGUGAUUUGGCUGAUGAGUUCGACGAGUUGCCAACAAGACCACAACUUUUGUAUAAUCUCACAGAACCUGAACACAUCGAUAGCAUUGUACAGGACAUAAAGAGGAGAUACAAUUGUGACAGACCAGACUUUGGCUCGCAAAGAGAUGAACAGUCGUCAGGUUGUGCAAACGUUGUCUUUUGUAUUGAUAUAAGCUGCUCUAUUGAUCGUACAAACGUAACCAGGGCUAUCAAAAUAGCAAAGGAUAUCAUAGACGCAUCAGAAUUUCGUCACAAUUAUGGAGCAUUUACAUAUGAUAACAACACCGUGGGCUCUGUACCAUAUUUCACUGAUACGAGUGCAGAAUUGAACAACCUUAAUUCCGAAACGAAAGCUUGCAAGACAAGAACAAACCGAGCAAUAACCUAUGCCAGGAAGAAUUUCUUCAAUAAUAAUUCUUCUUCAAACGUGCUUAUUAUAUUCGGCGAUGGCAAUGAAUCCCCUUGGCGUGAAAACAAGUUUGCGAUAGAAAACGCCAAAGACUUUACCAGUAAUAACAAAGGGACGCUUAUAUGGGUCAUUCUCACUAGCAACCGAGAUAAUACAACUAGAAUACGUGGAAUAGAGGAGCAGAUUAAAGUUGUAGCUUCAGUAAAUAAUAUAGGAACGAAAUUAAUCCUUGAACAUAACGAUCCGGAUGUUGCAACAGUAAUCGCUGAUUAUUUGGACAGACAUUUUCCAAGAUGCUCGGAGUCAUCUGAAUAAACAAUUUCCGGUAGAUCACAGUUGGACACGUCAAUUGUAAUUAUACUGUACACAUAAACUUUAGAAUGAACUUACGUAAAAAAAACUA